AGUCCACUGAAAGCUCAGUUUCACCGGUGUGCUUCAAACUGUGUCUACCUUUGUCUCUGACAACGCCGCGUCAGUUUGAUGGGGAAUUCGAUAUCAGGGCGGGAAAAUGCCUGUUAUGAAGGGAUUGCUCGCGCCGCAGAACACAUUUUUGGAUACUAUAGCGACGCGUUUUGACGGCACACACAGCAACUUCAUCCUGGCCAAUGCACAAGUGUCCAAAGGCUUCCCGAUUGUGUACUGCUCGGAUGGAUUCUGUGAGCUCACUGGAUUUGCCCGAACCGAGGUCAUGCAGCAGAGCUGCGCAUGCAAAUUUCUGUAUGGGCCGGAGACCAACGAGAACAUUAUUCUUCACGUGGACUCUGCGCUCGAGGAACGCAGCGAGCUCAAGGAGGAGAUCAUGUUCUACAAAAAGACUGGUAGUGUGUUCUGGUGUCUGCUGGAUAUUGUGCCUAUCAAGAAUGAGAAAGGAGAUGUUGUCCUCUUCCUCGCCUCUUUUAAAGACGUCACUGACACCAAAGCCAAAUCUAUACUUGAGGAGAAGAAAGAGUGCCGCCGCGAGCAGGUCAAGGGAAGUUCUCCGUUUGGCUCCACUCGGCUGCGAUCUAGCACAGUUCUGUACCACAUUUCAGGACACCUGCACAACCGUCAGAAAAAGAGUAAAAUCAAACUUAACAAGAACGUGUUUGGUGAUCCACCGGCUCUCCCUGAAUAUAAGGUCGCUGAUGCCAAGAAGUCCAAGUUCAUUCUUCUCCACUUCAGCACCUUCAAAGCUGGCUGGGAUUGGCUAAUACUACUGGCUACAUUCUAUGUCGCCGUGACGGUGCCGUACAACGUUUGUUUUAUUGGUGAUCAAGACUUGACACGUAGCACCACCGUCACUGACAUUGCAGUCGAGAUUCUCUUCAUCAUUGACAUCGUGUUCAGUUUCCGCACCACGUACGUGAGUAAGUCGGGCCAGGUGAUCUUCGAUGCGCGGCAGAUCUGCAUCCAUUACAUGACUACCUGGUUUAUCAUCGACCUGGUUGCUGCUCUACCCUUUGAUCUCCUUUACGCCUUUAAAGUCAGCGUGGUGUCAGUGGUUCAUCUGUUAAAGACCGUGCGCCUGCUGAGACUCCUGCGCCUGCUGCAGAAGAUGGACCGUUACUCCCAGCACAGUACGGUGGUGCUGACCCUGCUCAUGUCCAUGUUUGCACUGCUGGCCCACUGGAUGGCCUGCAUCUGGUACAUCAUCGGCAAGAAGGAGGUGGAGAGCAACGCGGACACCUGGGAUAUAGGUUGGCUUCAUGAGCUCGGGAAGCGCUUGGAGUCUCCAUACGAGGAGGACAUGGGAGCGGUCAACAGAACGCUGAGCAGUGGACCGUCUUUGCGGAGCAUCUACAUUGCAGCGCUGUACUUCACCCUCAGCAGCCUGACCAGCGUGGGCUUCGGAAACGUCUCUGCCAACACAGACGCAGAGAAGAUCUUCUCCAUCUGCACCAUGCUUAUCGGAGCAUUGAUGCAUGCUCUGGUCUUCGGUAACGUGACGGCCAUAAUCCAACGCAUGUACUCGCGCUGGUCCUCUUACCACACGCGCACUAAAGACCUGAAGGACUUCAUCCGUGUGCACCACCUUCCCCAGAGCCUCAAACAGCGAAUGCUGGAGUACUUCCAGACCACCUGGUCUGUCAACAACGGCAUCGACUCCAACGAGCUCUUGAGAGACUUUCCAGAUGAGUUGCGCUCGGACAUCGCAAUGCAUCUGAACAAAGAGAUCCUAGAGCUUUCCGUCUUCUCCUCUCUGAGUCGUGGGUGUCUCCGCUCUCUCUCCUUGCACAUUAAGACAACGUUUUGCGCACCGGGCGAGUACCUUCUUCGGCAGGGAGAUGCUCUACAGGCUCUUUUCUUUGUCUGUUCUGGCUCCAUGGAGGUGCUAAAGGACAGCAUGGUGUUAGCCAUCCUCGGUAAAGGUGACUUGAUUGGUGCCAACAUGUCAGUUGAUGACCGCGUCAUAAAGACGAACGCUGACGUGAAGGCGCUGACAUACUGUGACCUGCAGUGCAUCAAUCUAAGGGGUCUGUAUGAGGUGCUUGACCUGUAUCCUGAAUACUCCCACCGUUUUGUGCAGGACAUCACGCACGACCUCACCUAUAACCUGAGAGAGGGACAAGAGAGCCACAUGGAGGGGAGGGGAAAUGGAGACGUGAUCCAGUGCUAUCCAUCAAUAGCUGAGCAUCAAGAUGAGGGAGAUGAUGAUGAUGAAGAUGAUCAGAUACAUUAUCUCAGUGGUGGAACCAAGCAGAAAACGUACUUGGAGAAAAAUGAUCACCAAAGCAGCAAAAAGCUCCAGUUUCAGCAUACUACUGUUACAAAGCCUGACCUUGCAAAUCUCAGUCCAAGGGUUGUGGACGGCACAGAGGACACUGAUGGUACAGAAAGUUCCCACACGUUUAUAUUUUCCUCUGGUCAUCAGCACACCAUCAGUGGUGCAACUAAUACCACUGCCACCACAGCAGAUUUAGAAGCUAAAUCGGAGGACACCAGAGGACAGCUUCGCUACCUUAACCAAGAGGUGAACUGUCUCGGACGGGAGGUGGCUGAGCUGGGACGAGUCAUGCGUAGUCUUGCCUGUCUCAUCGAAUCCAUGAUGGCCUCUCCUCAAACACCAGGUGUCUGUACAUCCACAUUUACCUCGGGACAUCCCUUUCCUCCUAUCCCCUUCCAGGGCCAAGGUUCUUCCUGGGCCACCCCACCUUUUCCUUCACCGAUACUCCCUGGAAUACGUCAGGGAGAACUUAGGCCACUCAGGCCACAAGAACUGCAGCUGGUCUGUCCCACCACAUCUCUCAGUUCCUUUCCCAUCACUCUUUCCACAUCCCCCCAUAUGGACAGAUUCAAAGAGCCUUUAUUGGCCCUGUCUCCGCACAGCGCAGUCGCUCGGACCCGCUCGAAGAGCCUGGAGACGCCUCUUCUGCAGCAUCAUCAACACAUCUCACAUGCCCCUGGAACUUUACCCAGAGCUGGACAGCCGUUGCUGGGAGAAGGGGAGGAUCUCAGGUCCCUGGGUUUGUAGCAAUUAACCUUUAAAACGGACAAGUUCCACUGGAAUCUGCGUGUUGACCUGGACUCAGGACUGGACUGAUAAGAUAAGUGGUACUUGCACUGCCAAAGCCAUGGAGCAAUGGUUCCUUCGAAGAUAUACGUGUUCACCAUUUCAGUUUUUAAGAUAGUAUGUUUAAAGGCAUGUCUUUCAAUGCUAGAAACUAAAGGGAUAUCUCCAAUCAUGAAAAUUACACUAAAACAAUUUGGUAGAAACAAUUAUCAAUCUAUAAUUGCUAGUAAGUUUUGCAAAUAAUUACAAAGAAGCUGCAAUUUACACAUUUAAUUAAAUGUGAAGUUCUUGUAAAACAUACUCAAAAUCUGUUUUAUUUACAACUUUGAAAAAUAUUUUUUUACAGUGUAAUUUGAUAACAGACAGAUUACUAGGACCUAACAAACCAGCUAAAACAAAUGUUUUUUGAUUAAGAUUCAACCCACAUUUCAUGUUCACUGCAUUCAUUAUGUCCAAAUACUGCUAAUAUUAUGUCAAACUCUAGGGGCCAGAUCCAUAAACACAGCCACUGUCUUAAGACCUAGUCUGACCAGCUAGCACUUUAUCAGUAAGCAUGGUAAUUAGUCUUACUUUUAAUAUUUAAAUGAGAUAUAUCUACCUAACUUCUAAGACUUGUCUAAGCAGUUAAUAAUAUCAUCCACAGCCUCAAAGUUUUCCUAAACUUAGAGUUUAUCCAUGUUAUGAAAUGUUCUAGAUUCACUACAAGUUGAGAUUUAUCAACAUCAUCUGUGACAUGCUGUCCAACGUGCUGUCAUCGUAAAAACCCCUUUGACGGUAUUAUUCUUGUUUAUUAAUGUAUUUCUAAUGGCAGUCUAUGAAUAACACAAAUGUACCGACCUACGGUGGUCCCACCAGUAAUAGGUCAAUUUACAGCUCAAAUAAAAAAAUUUAUUGGUAUGGAAAAAUGUACUUGUUUUCAACCUAGAACAUACCUUUAAAAUUGUUGUUUUUAGUUACAAUUUUCGGAAACCUUAAUGCCAACGUCAUGACUUUGCUCAAUAAAAAGAUGGGUAGAAAUCUCGCAGGUCGACUGGUAUGCUAAUGCAGCUCGAUGCUAGUUGUCUAAUUCAGUAAAAGGAGAGACUCCCAUAUUCAGAAUUUAUUGGAAAAAUCAGAUAUAAUGCAUGCUUACAAGUAUGGGUUCUACUAAUCAAGAUUCAUAGUGCUCGAUAACUAACUUGAUCCUCUCAUUUAGUCAGAUUAGCCAUGUAUGGUUCAAAAACGAAACUGCUUGUUUUAAAAUGUUGUGUUUAACAAAUGAACUACUUGGUGGAUUGUCUGAACAAUUAAUCAGUCUUAAGGAAACAAUCAUACUUAAGAAUUGUCAUGUUAGGUUCUCUAAUCCGACUAGUCAGGCAUACGUAUAUGAUAAGAUGCUUAAAGAAACCGUCAACAAUAAGAUGACAGAUAUUCAGUAAAUAAGCUAAAUAACUAACAUUUAAUUGCACAAAACCACCAGUCCUCACAUAAAAAGGAGAUGGACGACUCAUUAUAAAGGGAACAUUGCUCACAGUGGGCGAUCAGAAAUUUGACAGUAAUUGUUUUGGAAUUUAUUGUGGAAGGUGGGAAAUUUGUUACAGAAGCAGUGCUUUGACUGUUUGUAGACAAAACUUUUUGGAGAGGGUUUUAAAGUGCUAGCUGUAUACAUUUGGCUGUUACACAUUUAGCAUGUUAAAUCACAGCACAGUGACAGCAUGCUAAAAGCCUCUGAGAAGUCGCUUCUCCUUUCAAGUGCCACCGCUAAUGCUAAAGACAGAAACUGGUAAAACGUUGGUACGGUUUGAUCAAAUACGAGAGUGCAUUUGCUAUUAUGAACUAACAAAAAAACUAUUUUUACAGCAUUUAUUAAUCAGCAGCACGUAUUUGUUAAAGUUCAUGUAUAAAUAUAUUAAUUCAUGUUAAUUCAUUAUUAUUUUUACAACUUAUAAAAUUGAAUAUAAUAUUCAGUAGUAAUAUAUAAUAUUGUUUUCGUCAAUUAAAAAUAAAGCUAAAAUCAAAUAAAUAUUAAAUGUAAAUGA